AAAAUACUUUAGGUUACUACACGAUUUUUAAAACAAAAUACUUUAAUGUUGUUGGAAAUGCUGAAAAAAACUGAAAGGUAUACUAUAAGUGUUAAAUGGUCGAUUUGAAAUUAAGAAAUAAUGAAUCAAUAUUACGAAAAAGAAAUAGCCGAUUCAUUGCUACAGUCGUGUUUCCUUCCAUCGUUACCAACUUCAAUCACACUUGUUGAUAAAAGUCACGAUGAAGAAGACUUUAAUGACAACAGAAUUACUAUGGAUCAUUUAGACAAUUAUGAAAUGCCUCACAACGAAACCAAAUGUACUUUUAAAUAUGCUGACGUAAACACAACUACUAAUUUCAACCGAGACAAGUGGAAUCGGAGAACUACAUUUUUGAUGAUGUUAAUGGGCUAUACAAUUGGUUUGGGAAAUGUUUGGAGAUUUCCAUAUCUUUGUCAUAAAAAUGGAGGAGCUACGUUUCUUAUUCCAUAUUUCUUCCUAUUGUUUGUCGAAGGGUUACCACUAUAUUAUAUGGAACUUUGCAUAGGUCAAAGAUUACGCAGAGGUAGUGUUGCUGCGUGGCAUCUAAUAUCGCCGUACCUUGAUGGUCUAGGAAUUGCUUCAAUAAUUAUUUGUGUUUUUGUAUGUUUAUACUACAAUGUUAUUGUAUCUUGGUGUUUGUUUUAUUUUACGAGUUCAUUUAAGGAUCCACUUCCAUGGUCGCAGUGUCCAACAGAAAUAGUGCAACAAAAAAAUAUGACAGUCUCGUUCACUUCAACAGAAUGUCUAAAAGCAGGAUCCAUACUAUACUUUUGGUAUCGAACAACUUUAAAUAUUGCAGAAGGUAUAGAAACAAGUAGCGAAACAAAUUGGACUUUAGCAUUAUAUUUACUUUUAUCUUGGUUUAUAUGUUGGAUUUGCAUGAUAAAUGGAAUUCAUUCAGAAGGAAAAGUGGUUUACAUUACAGCUACAUUACCAUUAGUUUUACUCGCUGCCAUGUUUUUUCGGGGAGUCAAUUUGAAAGGUUUUCAAGACGGUCUGGCGUUGUUAUUUUUACCAGAUUUUACUCGUUUAAAAGAUCAUAGAGUUUGGUUAGAUGCUGCUUCUCAAGUUUUUUAUUCACUUGGUAUAGCUUAUGGAUCUCUUAUAGCUUUUGCAAGUUACAACCCCUUAAAAAACGAUACUACAAGAGACUCUUUAAUGAUGUGCGUAAUCGAUGCAAGCGUAAGCAUAUAUUCAAGUAUUGUUUUAUUUUGCUUUUUGGGAUAUCGAGCUCAUUAUAAAAUGGAAGAAUGUUUAAGUAAACUUGGCACCACUUUACGUUUACAAACAAAUAUGUCUGAAGAGAAAACCAGCACCAACCGAUACAUUUUUGAAAACAUUUCCAAUGUUUUAUGUAAUAAAUCGCAUUUCUUGAAUGAGCGAUCUCAGUCAACUGGACUUGCAUUUAUAGCUGUUACAGAAGUACUUAGUACGCUUCCUAAUUCAAGAACGUGGUGCAUUCUUUUUUUUCUGAUGUUGGUCAUGUUAGGAGUUGAUACUCAAUUUGGAAUGUUGGAAGGUGUUGUUACCCCAAUACUAGACUCCAAGCUUUUGUACAGAACUAAGCAUCGAACAAAAAUUAUUACUGGUCUGGUAUGUUUUGUUAUGUUUGUGUUAAGUUUCUCAAUGGUUCAAAAUACUGGUAAUUAUUGGUUGCAGUUGUUUGAGAAUUACUGCUCUGGUGUGCCUCUAAUGACAGUUGCUUUAUUGGAGUGCUUCGCUGUUUCUUAUGUUUAUGGAAUAGAAAAAUUUUCCAGUGAUAUUUUGUAUAUGACAAAUAAAAAACCUCGUCAAAUGUGGAUUUUUUGCUGGAAAUUUUUAUCACCGUGUAUAAUCGUUAUUGUGUUAGUGUUCAGUAUUUAUGACUAUUCAUGUAAUGCAGCAACUUACCAGGUUUGGAACAAAUUGCAGGGAAAAAUUGAAUCCGCUCUUCUUCCACCGUGGUCAAUUUUCCUAAGUCUUAUGUUAUUGCUUUUUAGCAUCAUGUUUAUUCCGUUAAUUGCACUAAUAAGAUUCUUAGACUACAAACUACGAAAGAAAAAAGGAUUUUGAAAUCUAACUACCUUAAAAAAUAAAAAUUCUAUAG